AAGUAAUCAAAUUUGAAAGGUAAAACGGAGGAGGUGCAAAAGUCGUCGUGCUUGAUGAAGAAACCUCCGUGCACGUCACAGCUCCGACGUGCCAGUUUUUCACCUCACUCCCCUCUCAUCUCUCUGUAGUUUUAACAGGAGAAAAUUGCAAAGAAAAUCGAGGUUGAACGCCUGAUCAGUCCAAGAUCUGUGAAAGAAUCUUCCGAUUCUCAUAUAUAGAAAUUUGAAAACCCAAUUGCGCAAAAGCGAAAAUGAAUAUAUUUCGAUUAGCUGCGGAUAUGACUCAUCUUGCAAGUAUCCUCGUCUUGCUUCUCAAGAUCCAUACAAUCAAAUCUUGUGCUGGCAUUUCGCUGAAAACUCAGGAGCUAUAUGCAAUUGUUUUUGUGACGCGUUACUUGGACCUGUUUUCUAGUCAUGUCUCUCUUUAUAAUACCUUCAUGAAGAUGAUAUUCUUGGCAAGCUCCUUCUCAAUACUUUGGUACAUGAGGCGCCACAAGAUUGUUCGCAGAUCAUACAAUAAAGACCAAGAUACAUUCCGCCAUUUUGUCCUAAUGAUUCCUUGUAUGUUAUUGGCCUUAUUUGUACAUGAGAAGUUCAACUUCAAAGUGGUAAUGUGGACAUUUUCUUUGUAUUUGGAAGCGGUUGCAAUACUUCCACAGCUGGUCUUGUUGCAAAGAACAAGAAACAUUGACAACUUGACUGGACAAUAUGUUUUUCUUCUUGGAGCAUACAGAGCAUUAUACAUUUUGAACUGGAUGUACCGAUACUUCACAGAGCCGCACUAUAUUCACUGGAUUGUUUGGGUAUCUGGGCUUGUUCAGACAUUGAUUUAUGCUGAUUUCUUCUACUAUUAUUUGAAAAGUUGGAGAAACAACUCCAAGCUUGAAUUACCCUCUUAAGCUUAUCCGAUCUACAACCAUCCCAAGGUGACUAUUGAAUGCAUUAUGUAGCGUGGGAUGUGUUCAUUUUUGUUCGAUACAGUGUUGUUUUACAUUUUUAGCAUAGUUUCUUUUCUGGAUUUUACAAUUAGGCUUCAAAAUUGUUUAGGUUUAUUGGGCGGAUGAUUCUAUGUAACACUUACUAUUAUUAUUACAAUUAUUAUUUGAACUUCAGAUAUACAAAUAUUUC